AUGGAUUUAUUACUUUUAUUUAUUGAGAAUUUAUUGCAAUGUUACCAUUAUUAUUUUUUGGCUUUACUAAAAGGUUUUAGGUGUUGCUGGAAUUUUUUUCGCCGUCGACGUGCGUUGCAUUCUCGCACUAUUCGAAUUGGAUAUGGUCCAGUUCUUGGCUCGCCACAGUCUUUUCCUCCAAAUGUAGUCUGCAAUCAGAAAUAUAAUAUCUUUACGUUUAUACCUAUAGUUUUAUUUCAACAGUUUAAAUUUUUUUUGAAUUUGUAUUUUCUUUUGAUGGCUUGUAGUCAGUUCAUUCCAGCAAUUCAGAUUGGUGCACCAAUCACUUAUUGGGGUCCCCUCGGUUUUGUCUUAACAAUAACCUUAAUACGAGAAGCAUUGGAUGAUUUUGUUCGUUUUUUGCGAGAUCGGGAACUAAAUGCUGAAAAAUAUGAAAAAUUAACAGCUUAUGGAUUGGAACGUAUAUCAAGCUCUGAUAUAAAAGUUGGCGACUUAAUUGUGAUACAAAAAGAUAAGCGUGUACCUGCUGACAUUAUUCUUCUUCGUACCACUGAAAAAUCUGGUGCUUCAUUUAUAAGAACGGACCAGCUGGAUGGUGAAACUGACUGGAAAUUGAGAACAGCAGUGCCUAUAACACAGAAUCUUCAACAUGAUCAGGAUAUUCUUGAUUUAAACAUCGAAGUUUAUGCAGAAAAGCCGCAAAAAGACAUCCAUGAUUUUGUGGGUACUUUUAAGGUCAGUAAUGAAGAUACAAUUCAAGAUGGCUCACUGAAUGUGGAAAAUGUACUUUGGGCUAAUACAGUUUUGGCAAGUGGUCGUGUUGUCGGUGUUGUUGUUUAUACAGGUCGUGAAACACGUUCGGUUAUGAAUACGACCUUACCUGAAAGUAAAGUUGGCCUGCUUGAUAUUGAAGUCAAUAAUUUAACGAAAAUUCUCUUUUUGUUUGUAAUUGUUCUUGCCUCUGUUAUGGUUGUUAUGAAGGGUAUUGAUCAGAACUGGUAUCGGUAUUUGAUGCGAUUUAUAUUGCUGUUUUCAUAUAUUAUUCCCAUUUCUUUACGAGUGAAUUUGGAUAUGGCCAAAUUAUUUUAUGCAUGGCAGAUAGGAAGAGAUCGGCACAUUCGAGGGACAGUUGUUCGUAGUAGCACAAUUCCAGAAGAGCUUGGUCGAAUUUCAUUUCUUCUAUCAGAUAAAACUGGUACAUUAACGAAAAAUGAAAUGCGUUUCAAGAAAAUCCAUUUGGGCACAGUGCACUUCAGUACAGAUGCAUUCGAGGAUGUUUCACGUCAUGUAAUAUCGGCCUAUUCUGGAAAAUUGGGUCGAAAUUCCUAUUCCAGCAAAUUGCAAACUGCUGUGGAGGCUAUAGCUUUAUGCCACAAUGUAACACCGAUUGAAGAAAAUGGUGCAGUCAGUUACCAAGCUGCUAGUCCUGAUGAAGUGGCAUUAGUGCAGUGGACGGAAUCGGUGGGAGUACGAUUGGCUCAAAGAGAUCAAACAUCAAUACAACUUCAACUUUCAAAUGGUCAGGCAAAAAGUUUCCAGAUUCUCCAUUUAUUCCCUUUUACUUCAGAAACUAAAAGAAUGGGUAUCAUCGUUAAGGAUGAAACAACAGAUGAGGUUAGUUUUAUUAUGAAAGGUGCUGAUACUGUCAUGGCGACAAUGGUUCAGUACAAUGACUGGCUGGAGGAAGAAUCAAGUAAUAUGGCCAGAGAAGGAUUACGCACAUUGGUUGUGGCCAAGAAAACACUUUCUCCGGAACAAUUAAUCGAAUUCGAAAAACAUUAUCACCAAGCAAAAAUGACCGUAGUUAAUCGAAGUGAGCAUAUGGCUGCUGUAUUGAGGCGUCUUGAAACUGAUUUGCAUUUGCUUUGUCUUACAGGAGUUGAAGAUCGUCUCCAGGAAAAUGUCCCUGCGUCAUUAGAAUUAUUAAGAAAUGCAGGAAUAAAAAUUUGGAUGUUAACUGGCGAUAAGCUUGAAACAGCUAUUUGUAUUGCAAAAUCCUCUGGCCUUUUUCCAAAAACGGAUAAUGUCCAUGUUUUUGGAUAUGUGCAGACUAGAAUUGAAGCUCAUAAUGAAUUAAAUGCGUUACGAAAGAAAAAUAACGUGGCUUUAGUUUUGUCGGGUGCUGCAUUAAAUGUGUGUUUACAGUAUUACGAAGCGGAAAUUGCUGAACUCGUUUGCAGUUGUACAGCGGUAGUUUGCUGUCGUUGUUCACCUGAGCAAAAAGCACAACUUGUAAAUAUAUUGAGGAAAUAUCGUUCUUCUCAACGAGUUGCUGCUAUAGGAGAUGGUGGUAAUGAUGUUUCGAUGAUACAAGCUGCUCAUGCAGGGAUAGGUAUUGACGCCCAUGAAGGUAAACAGGCAUCAUUAGCGGCUGAUUUUUCUAUCACGCAAUUCGCACACAUAACACGUUUAUUGCUUAUUCAUGGUCGAUUUUGCUAUAAACGAUCAUGCGCCCUUUCACAAUUUGUUAUGCAUAGAGGAUUGAUAAUUUCUGUCAUGCAAGCGAUUUUCUCGUGCGUUUUUUAUUUUGCUUCCAUUUCUUUAUAUCAAGGAGUUCUCAUGGUUGCAUAUUCAACAGUUUAUACGAUGUUGCCAGUGUUUUCAUUAGUUGUAGAUCGUGAUGUAACACAGACUAAUGCAUUAACUUAUCCAGAGCUUUACAAAGAAUUAGGCAAAGGUCGCUCGUUGUCUUAUAAAACUUUCUGCAUAUGGGUUCUUAUCAGUAUUUAUCAAGGUUCUGUAAUUAUGUAUGGUGCAUUGCUUGUAUUCGAUUCGAAUUUCAUUCAUGUUGUAUCGAUCACCUUUUCAGCACUCAUAGUUACAGAAUUGAUUAUGGUUGCACUAACUGUGCAUACGUGGCAUUGGGCAAUGCUUCUGGCUCAAGCAUUGUCAUUAUCUCUUUAUGCUGGAUCACUAUUAUUGCUCGACAAUUUUUUCGACCGACAAUUUGUGAUGUCUGGUGAAUUUCUGGGCAAAACAACUGCAAUCACCGCAGUAUCGUGUUUUCCUUUAUAUAUAAUUAAAGCAUUAAGAAGGAAAUUCUCGCCGCCGUCUUAUGCGAAAGUUAAUUAA